CGCCGCGGGGACCCGCCGUGCCGCAACGGCGCGCGCCCCCCGGCCUGGCCGGCGCGGCCACGCGGCUGAGUCACCCGGCUCUUCACGUUAAGAGUCCCCUCGGCGCGCGGGGCACGCCGGGAAGGCCGGACUCCGGGCCCGCCGCCUGGGGCGGCCGCUGAUAGGUGCCCUCGUUCUUUCCCGACGCGUCCACCCGUCCGAAGAGGACGCUUUCGCACUUGCGGUGCUGGGGUGGCUUCGAUUUCUGAGCUGCGGAUGCCCCCUUUCAAUUAUUAAAGGGAAAUAACAUGAAGAAAAAACAUGACACCAUUGUUUGUGAACCUAAAGAACUUCUGAAUCCCUCUCCCAAAGUAACAAAUUGUUGCAAAUCCCUGAGGGUGAAAUACAGUUUUCAGGAGUACAUGACCCGACUUGUCAGCUCCCAGCCAGUUUCAGCCAUGCGGAGGAACCCAGCCCACCAUCCGCCUUCUCAGCCCAAGGAGAGUAGCGUUGGCCAGAACCAUCACCAGGAGGAAAUAAUCCACAAGCUGGCCAUGCAGUUGAGAAACAUCGGGGACUGCAUCGAUUGUAGGAUGGUUCAAGAGGAUCUUCAACAGGAAGUCAGGGAGACGCUGGCUCAUUUCGUCUUGCUUUUCUUUGGAGGAGUUCAUGUGUUGCUGCGCUUUCUCUGGAAUAACCACUUGAUGUAAAGGAAUGUAAAUGCCAACUUCUGCUUUCCUGCGUCCUCCGAGAAACCCUGAAACGUACUGCAGCCGAUGGAAGAAGACCCUUCUCCAUCCCCCUCUCUGUCACUGUUGGUUCACGCCUGUUUGCUGGAGAACGCCAGACUCCCGGGCCGUUUGUGCGGAGCGACCCGCUAUGAGAUGUUUGUGACUGCCUCCUGGGAAAGCCCAAGGAGGCCGUGCCACUUCGAAAACACCAGUGCUGUGGAUGCUCCCAGUCCUCCUCGUAAGGCAAUCGUAAGCAUUUUCUUCCGUGAGUGAAAUGGAGCCUCAUCCUCAAAACAGAGGACACAGAAAUGGGUGCUUUCUCCUGGCCAUUCCCGGGGUUCCAGGCCCUCCAGCCACCUGUUGGCCCCACCCUUGUUGCCUGUGUCCAGAUCUGCCCUGCCCUGUCUUUUACCUCUCUGUCUACCUCAUCAUCCCUCUCUUCCCCCUUUUCGAAGCAUUGUAAGUAUGAAGUUUGUGUAUAUGAGUUCUUUGUAGGAAAAGUGUUAUUUAAAAAUUAAUAAUUUAAAAAAUGAAAUAAAUAUUGUUAUUUUUUGAGCAUGAAA